CAUACAAAAUAAAAAAUAAAAAAAACCCUCAUAAACAAGCUAGAUAGAAGGGAGAAACAUGCUUCUUCACUUAAUUGUCAUGUGUCUCUUUACUACAUUACCUUUUACAACAAUAUCUUUAGGAACUCUUCGAAGUUCCAACUCAAGUAAUAUGGGCCAAUACAUAUCAAAGCCCAACUGUUCAUCCACCUGCGGGGAUGUUACAGUUCCUUACCCUUUUCGUAUUGGCAAUGACACGGGUUGUUCUCUAGACGACACAUUCUACGUUACUUGUGACACGUCCGUAAAGCCCCCUAAGUUGUACCUCACAUCAAGCAACAUUGAAAUCUACAACAUUUCAGAUUCAGAGUUGCGCAUUAAUACUGGAGCGGGCUAUAAAUGCUACGCAAGUAAUGGAACUGUAACCCAGGACUAUAAUUAUUGGACUAACUUGGCGUACGAGGGAUUCACUUUCUCGGAGAAGAAUAUGUUCACAGUCAUUGGGUGUGAUGAUCUUGCUCUUAUCGAAUGGGUAGGCGACCACUAUUUCAGCGGAUGUUCUGCAACUUGCAGUGGACCAGUGGAUGUACCAGAUGGGCGUUGCUCAGGGGAAGGCUGUUGUCAGUCACCUAUACCAAAAGGUCUCAAAUAUUACAAUGUUACACUCAACUCAUUUAGGAAUCACACGGAUAUUUGGUCCAUCAAUGACUGUGGCUAUGCGUUCCUUGGUGACGUAGGCACUUUUAAGUUUCUUGGUGCCAGUGAUUUAUCUGCUUCCUCAGGCUUAGAGAAGAGGGUUGAGGCGAAUGUUCAAGUUGUGAUCGAUUGGGUUAUCAGACGAGACCAUAAUUGCACUCAGGCUACGGAAUGCAAACAGAAUAGUCAGUGCUAUAAAUUGGGACAAAGUGUAUGCGGGUAACCCGUAUCUUGAUCAAGGCUGCCAAAACAUCAACGAGUGUGAGGAUCCAGGAACAUACCCUUGUUAUGGUGUCUGCUAUGAUACUCUAGGGAGUUACAUUUGUACAUGUCCACCGGGAUCCGUUGGGGAUGCAACAACACAAAAUGGUUGUCAAGUUGUUGAUCGUCAAGAUAAAUUCUCCAAGAUUUUUUGGACCAUAUUAGCUCUAGGUAAUUCUCUCAUAAAAGUAUGAAGCGGCUAAUCUAGCGUAUAAUACAAUAAUCAGAAGUGUCAAGGAUUGGAUCAA